UCCACUUCCCGAACGAAGGUCUGCCUGGAGCAGGGGCUUCCGAGCGUUGAGUUCUGAGCCUUCACCUACUUGGAGACCCUUGUGGUGAGGAAGUACCCUGUUCCCCGCCUCCGAUCCACCUGCGGGAAGGAUGGGCUGAGCGUAGUCCUCCCUCCCUGCGCGGGAGUACCCCCUCUAUACGAACCCCUCCCCCUACAAACAAUGCCACGGUGUAGAGAUCAGCUCCUGCCAUCUCCCACUCGAGGUCUUGUUUGUGACUUGGGACGGCGUUGGAGCACUGAUAACCUCCUCCGCCCGGUGAGGGAGGACGGAAAACUGUGGCAGACCUCAUCGCUGGGUGGACUCUGUUCCCGCAGGAGGAUGACUCUGGAGGAGGCUGGGAGGCUGCCCCAAGUACUGGCCCGGGUCGGGGCCUCCCAUGGUAUAACCGACCUGACCUGCAAGCUCCGCUUCUAUGACGACUGGGCUCCGGAGUAUGACCAGGAUGUGGCUGCUUUGAAGUACCAAGCCCCGCACCUUGCUGUGGAUUGUCUCAGUAGAGCCCUUCGGGGCACACCCCAUGAUGCCCUGGUCUUGGAUGUAGCUUGUGGUACUGGCCUGGUAGCUGUGGAGCUGCAGGCUCGGGGCUUUCUCCAGGUGCAGGGGGUGGAUGGAAGCCCAGAAAUGCUGAAGCAGGCGCGUGCACGUGGCCUGUACCACCACCUUAGCCUCUGUACCCUGGGCCAGGAGCCGCUGCCCAACCCUGAAGGGACCUUUGACGCGGUGAUCAUUGUGGGAGCCCUCAGUGAGGGACAGGUGCCCUGCAGUGCCAUACCUGAGCUCUUAAGAGUCACGAAGCCAGGUGGACUCGUUUGUCUGACUACCAGGACCAACACAUCCAACCUUCCAUACAAGGAGGCGCUGGAAGCAACCUUAGACUCCCUGGAGCAGGCUGGAGCGUGGGAACGCCUGGUGACCCAGCCUGUGGACCACUGGGAGCUAGCAACUUCAGAACAAGAGACAGGGCUGGGAGCCUGUGCCAACGAUGGCUUCAUCUCUGGCAUCAUCUACCUUUACCGAAAGCAGGGGACAAGAUGAGAGGGGGAGGCUCAGUAUCCAGCCCCUAGUUGACCACUGAUCCUCUAUGUAUGGUCUUAGCCAAGUGUGUUUUCUUGGCCUUUCCUGCUCUGUCUGUAAAAUGGGUCCAUCUUCCCAACCACACCCAUUAGGAGUACUCCAAAGAGACUGAAAACACUCCUCUAGUUUCUUUGAACCCAGAAUUCAAGGCCACAGGGCUGGAGCGAUCAUUAAGAGCGCUUGCUCCGUAAAGUGUGAAAAACUGAGCUGCCGUCCUCAGCAUCCACAUAAAAAUCACGUGUUACAAGCAUGCCUGUGUGUUAAACCACCACUGGGAGAUGGGUGGAUCCCUCAGCAGGUAACUACACCAAACCAGUCAGUUUUCCACUCAGUGAGGCAUCCUGUCUUAAAGUAAUAAGGCAGACAGCUAAGAGUGACAGAGAGUGACAAAGAGGGUGACCCCCAGCAUCUUGCCUGCACAUGUGCCAGAUACAGAAAAAAUAAAAAUAAAACAACAGAG